AUGGCCAGCCGCACUACUGCCGGAGGAAUCGGAUUUGCUGUUAGACAAAAGCAAGACUCCAAGUACAGUGAAGAUGAAGGACAUCUUCUUCUUGAAUGGAUUAAGAAAGAGUCUGGAGAGAACAUCAGCACAGCUGGUGACAGAGACAACUUCUUGAGACUUCUUAAGGAUGGCAGCCUUCUCUGCAAGCUUGCCAAUGCCAUUGAGGCCAACAGCGUAAAGAAGAUCCAAAAGCCAAUCUCCAACUUCGCUUGUAUGGAGAACAUUAACGCUUUCGUCGAAGCCGCCAAGAAGUUCGGAGUUCCAACUGAGGAGACUUUCCAAUCCGUCGAUCUCUUCGAAGCUCGUGAUUUGUAUUCCGUUGUUGUCACUCUUUUGUCUCUUGGACGCGUCCUCGCUAAACAAGGAAAAACCAAUCCAUUCUCCAACUAA